GCACGGCGCGUGCGCGGGCCGAGGGGGCGGGGCUUCCUCGGCAAGAUGGCGGCCAGCGGCCUUCGCCAGGCUGCUGCCGCCAGUACCUCGGUGAAGCCCAUUUUCAGUCGCGACCUGAACGAGGCCAAGCGAAGGGUGCGCGAGCUCUACCGCGCUUGGUAUCGGGAGGUGCCGAACACCGUGCACUCAUUCCAGCUGGAUAUCACCGUGAAACAGGGACGGGAUAAAGUCCGAGAAAUGUUCAAGAAGAAUGCCCAUGUCACAGACCCCAGAGUGGUUGAUCUCCUGGUCAUUAAGGGAAAGAUGGAGCUCCAGGAAACCAUUAAAAUAUGGAAGCAGCGGACACACAUUAUGCGGUUCUUCCAUGAAACAGAAACACCAAGGCCAAAGGAUUUCCUGUCCAAGUUCUAUAUUGGCCAUGAUCCAUGAGGUCACCUGAUGGGAAGGUGCAUGUUAUUUAUUUUAAGAGUACAAAUAAACUCAUUAUUUGAUGGUG